UCACCCCGUCGCACCCAGCCGCCGCCGCGACAGGCGACACCCGCACAGUCCGCGCACCCAACCGCCGCCGCCCGCGACACCCUUACACGAAGACGAAGGCCAACUUCGCGCGAGCCCCGGCAACGCAGCCUCCCGCGACCGCGACGCCUCUUCUUUCUGUCUCGUGAAGAAGACGAAGAAGACGAAGACGCAGACGCGGGUCAGCCAACCUUGAUCUUUUUUUUUUUUUAUUUUGAUUUGGGCUUUUUGCUAUUUGACACACCCCAUUUUUCUGUCUACAACUUUUUUUUUUCCUUUUGCUAUUUGACACCCCUUUUUACUGUUAACAGUCCCUUUUUUUUUUUUCGUAUUUGACACCAUAAUUUUUUUUUCCUGUUCAGUCCCUUUUUAGUGAUUUUAAAUGGCUGAACCAUCAUCCGAUGCUGCUACUGCAAGUGCAACGAGGAAAAAUAAGGCAGACCCAGGCUGGAAAUAUUGCCAUUCACUAGUGGAAGGAGAUACAAACACCAUUGUUUGUAAUUUUUGUGGAAAAAUCACUAAGGGAGGAAUAACCCGAGCCAAACAACACCUGAUUGGGAAGUCGGGCAACGUUGCAGCUUGCAAGAAAACUCCCCCAAAUGUAGUUGAAGAGUUGAAGGAAUAUAUGGCUACAAAAAAAAGUGGGACCACUUACAGUACUUCUGGCAGUGGUAAUAUGGCAAAUAUAAGAGAUUUUGAAUUUGGUGAACCGAUUGGAUGUGAUGGAAGUGAAGAAGAUGAGUUUGCGGAUUCUUGUAAUGCUGCUGCAAGUGCAAAGACAAAGUGUGGGACUAAAAAAGGACCAAUGGACAAAUUCUGUAAGAAUCCAGAAAAUGCAAUCAAUCGGAGAAAAAUGGAGAUGCUGAGGCAAAUGAACAUAAGAGAGUCAAUGGAUAAGAAUGAAGUAUUGAAGGUGCAUCAACAUAUUGCUCGCUUUUGGUACCAAGCAGGUUUGUCAUUCAACCUCAUUAAAUUGAAAAGCUUUGAGAACAUGGUUGCAGCCAUUGAUCAAUAUGGGCCACAUUUGCCCAUUCCUAGCUAUCAUGACAUCAGAGUUCCACUCUUGAAGAAGGAAGUUGAAUAUACUGAAAAUUUGAUGAAAGGCCAUAAGGAGCAAUGGGUCAAGUAUGGUUGUACUAUUAUGUCCGAUGCAUGGACUGAUCGGAAACAAAGAUGCAUCAUUAAUUUUUUGAUUAACUCUCAAGUUGGUACCAUGUUUUUGAAGUCUGUUGAUGGCUCUGAUUUUGUGAAGACAGGUGAAAAGCUUUUUGAGUUGCUUGAUGCCAUUGUGGAGGAAGUUGGAGAAGAGAAUGUUGUUCAAGUUGUAACCGAUAAUGGGAGCAACUAUGUUUUAGCGGGUAAGUUGUUGGAGGAGAAAAGGAAACAUAUUUAUUGGACUCCUUGUGCAGCUCAUUGUAUUGAUUUGAUGCUUGAAGAUAUUGGGAAGCUUCCCUUGAUAAGGAAGACCAUUAGAAGGGCAAUUAAUCUAGUUGGGUUUAUCUAUGCCCAUUCUAGUACCUUAAGUUUGUUGAGAAAUUUUACAAACAAGAGGGAAUUGGUGAGACAUGCUAUUACUAGAUUUGCCACUUCUUAUCUAACCUUGGAAAGGCUUCACAAAGAGAAAGCCAAUAUUAGAAAGAUGUUUACUUCUGAUGAAUGGACCUUGAACAAGCUAUCUAAGGAGCCUAAGGGAAAAGAAGCUGCAAAGGUAGUGCUCAUGCCUUCUUUUUGGAAUAGUGUGGUUUACACUCUUAAAGUCAUGGCUCCACUUGUGAAAGUGCUUCGUCUUGUGGAUGGUGAAAGGAAACCAGCCAUGGGCUAUAUUUAUGAAGCAAUGGACAAGGCAAAAGAAACAAUUAUGAAGUCUUUCAACAACAAUGAAAGCAAGUACAAAGAUGUGUUUGAAAUCAUUGAUAAAAGAUGGAAUUGUCAGCUUCAUAGGCCAUUGCAUGCAGCUGCCCACUUCUUAAAUCCAGAGUUCUUUUAUGACAACACUGACUUGGAGUUUGAUUUUGAGGUCACCAAUGGUUUGUUUGAGUGCAUUAAGAAGUUGAUUCCACAAUUUGAUGUGCAACAGAAAAUUCUAACCGAGUUGCAUCUUUACAAGAUUGGUGCUGACCACUUUGGUUCCGACUUUGCAAUGGCUCAAAGGAAAACCCAUUCUCCUACAUAUUGGUGGCGAAUGUUUGGGUCACAAACUCCAAAUUUGCAGAAGCUGGCUAUUAAGAUUUUGAGUUUGACUUGCAGUGCUUCAGGAUGUGAAAGAAAUUGGAGUGUGUUUGAGCAAAUUCAUUCCAAAAAAAGAAAUAGGCUUGAGCACAAGAGGUUGCAUGAUUUGGUGUUUGUCAAAUACAACCAACAAUUGAAGCAAAGAUAUAAUGCAAGAGAUGAAAUUGAUCCAAUUUCUCUUAAUGAUAUUGAUGUAUGCAAUGAAUGGCUCGUGGGAGAGAUGGAUCAAGAUGAUGAUAAUGAUGCUGGAAAUGAUUUGGUAUUUGAAGAUGAUGAUGCUCUAAAUUGGGCAACUGUGUAUCAGGCUUCGGGGGUUGGAGAGUGUAGGAUGUAUACUAGGCGGAAAAAGCAAAAAACAAGUGUUGCUGCUGCCCAAACUUCUAAAAAACAGGCAAUGGUUGUUGGAUCUUCAUCAAGGAAGCAAAAAGCAGUCCAAGAAAAUGAUGAGGAUCUAGAUGUUGAGGAGAAUAUUGAUGUUGAAUCUGAAGAAGAAGAAGAAAUCAUGGUCAAUUUUGAGGCGUCUGAUGGGGAAGAGGGAGAGGGAGAGGGAGAUGCUCCAUUACCAUAUGAUAACAACGAAGAUGAUUAUGUUGGGAUUGGAGAAGAUGAUUAGAGCCUCAACCUUCACUUUGCACUUUGCAUUAUGUUUUUAUCAUUUUCUUAUUUUGAACUCUUUAAUGAGUUUA